AUGGCGGCGACGGUCGCAGGGUCCGGGGCGGCCGAGGUCCCCAGCUCGCUGCUGCUCGUAGUAGGCGGCGAGUGUGGGUGCCGGGGGCUGCUUGCCUACGUGCUGGAAGAGCUUGAACGAGGCAUCCGGUCUUGGGACAUUGACCCUGGCGUCUGCAGCCUCGAUGAGCAGCUCAAGGUCUUUGUGUCCCGGCACUCAGCCACCUUCUCCAGCAUCGUGAAAGGCCAGCGGAGCCUGCACCACCGUGGUGACACCCUGGAGACGCUGGUACUCCUGAAUCCAUCAGACAAGUCCCUGUGUGAUGAGCUCCGGAACCUUCUGCUAGACCCUGCCUCUCACAAGCUGCUGGUGCUGGCUGGGCCCUGCCUGGAGGAGACAGGGGAGCUGCUGCUCCAGACCGGGGGCUUCUCACCCCGCCACUUCCUCCAAGUCCUGGGGGACAAAGAGAUCCGGGAUCUCCUGGCCUCCACACCGCAGCCUGCAGAGCCGCCCAAGCUCACCAUCACCUGCCCAACCUUCGGUGACUGGGCCCGGCUGGCCCCAGAAGUGCCCGGCCUGCAGGGCGUGCUCCAGCUGCGGUUGAACCCUCCAGUGCAGCUGCCGGCUUCCGAGGGCCUGCGCGAGUUCCUGGAGUACGUGGCCGAGUCACUGGAGCCGCCCUCCCCCUUCGAGCUGCUUGAGCCUCCGGCCUCCGUGGGCUUCCUCAGGCUCGCCCGGCCCUGCUGCUACAUCUUCCCUGGCGGCCUUGGGGACGCCGCCUUCUUCGCCGUCAAUGGCUUCACCGUGCUGGUCAAUGGCGGCUCCAACCCCAAGUCGAGCUUCUGGAAGCUGGUGCGGCACCUGGACCGGGUGGACGCUGUGCUGGUGACGCACGCGGGCGCCGACAGCCUCCCGGGCCUCAACAGUCUGCUGCGGCGCAAGCUGGCAGAGCGCGAUGAGGCGGCAGCCGGCGGGGGCUCCGGGGACGACCGGCUCCGCCGGCUGAUCUCCCCCAACCUGGGCGUCGUGUUUCUCAACGCCCGCGCGGCUGCCUCGCGGCUGGUGCGUGGGGAGGAUGAGGCCGAACUGGCCCUGAGCCUCCUGAGCCGGCUGGGCAUUACCCCUAUGCCCCUGAACCGAGGGCCGCUGCCUGCGGAGCCCACCGUGCUCUUCCAGAAGAUGGGCGUGGGCCGGCUGGACAUGUAUGUGUUGCACCCGCCCUCAGCCACCACCACCGACCACACCCUGGCCUCCGUGUGUGCCCUGCUGGUGUGGCAUCCCGCGGGCCCCUCUGAGAAGGUGGUGCGUGUGCUGUUCCCCGGCUGCACGCCCCCCGCCCGCCUCCUGGAUGGUCUGGUCCGCCUGCAGCACCUGGGUUUCCUGCGGGAGCCGGUGGUGACGCCCCAGGACCUGGCGGGGCCUCGGCGAGCUGAGAGCAAGGAGAGCGUGGCCUCCCGGGACAGCUUGAAGAGAGAGGGACGCACGGUGGUGCCCUCCAGGCCCACCCAGGAGCGCCCGGGGGUGGCCCGGAAGGAAUCCCCACGGACUGAGGCCCCUCGCAGGGCUGAGAAAGAAGCCCGGCCCUCCCGGGAGGUGAAGAAGGACCCCAGAGCCGGCGCCCCUCGCACCCAAGCCCGGGAGGUGCGCCGGGCAGGCUCUGCCGCCGUCAGUGGCAAGAACGUGGGUGCCCAGGUGGCUCCCAAACCCCGCAGAGCACCCAACACACCCCGCCCAGGGGUCCCACCAGCUGAGAAUGGGCCCCGCAGCCCCCCCAGCUUCCGGAGCGGAGAGGCCAGCCCCCCGACGGAGGCCUGCGGCUCCCCGGCCCCCCAGCUUGUGGCCACGCCUAGCCAAGAGAGCAGCCUGGAUCUGGGGCUCAGCCCGGCAGGGGAGGAAGGCGGCAGCUUAGAGGAGAAAACCCUGGAGCUUCUGUUGGCCUCCAGCACCCCGCAGCCGUGCACGCCCUCACCCGCCGGAGCCCAGCAGGGCCCAACAGAGAGCAGCGGGCCGCUGUCGCUGAGCCCCCUGCGGGGUGGGGAGCCUGGGCCGGAUGCCUCCCCCACGGUGACCACGCCCUCGCUGCCCGCGGAGGUGGGCUCCCCGCACUCCACGGAGGUGGACGAGUCCCUGUCCGUCUCCUUCGAGCAGGUGCUCCCGCCGCCAGGUGCCGCCGCGGGUGAAGCCGGGCUCAGCCUCCCGCUCUGCGGCCCUCGGGUGCGGCGCUCGGCCUCCCCGCACGACGUGGACCUGUGCCUGGUGUCGCCCUGUGAGUUUGAGCACCGCAAGGCCGUGCCCAUGGCGCCGGCCCCCGUGUCCCCCGGCAGCUCCAAUGACAGCAGCGCCCGGUCGCAGGAGCGGGCGGGCGCGCCCGGAGGAGCCGAGGAGACACCGCCCACAUCCGUCAGCGAGUCCCUGCCCACCCUGUCUGACUCGGACCCCCUGCCGGCUGCCCCUGGCACUGCCGACUCGGACGAGGACACAGAGGGCUUCGGGGUCCCCCGCCGUGACCCGCUGCCUGACCCCCUCAAGAUCCCCCCACCGCUGCCCACCCCACCUAGUAUCUGCAUGGUGGACCCGGAGAUGCUGCCUCCCGAGCAGGCCCGGCUGAAAGAAGGCGGCGGCCGUACCCGGAAGCCCCUUAGCCGCCCCAGCUCCGGCACGACUGCCCCGAAAGCCACUCCAGUGACUGCUGCCAAAACCAAGGGGCUGGCCAGUGGGGACAGGGCCAGUCGGCCACUCAGCGCCCGCAGCGAGCCCGGUGAUAAAGGAAAUCGGGCACCCCUGUCCAGAAAGCCCUCGGUCCCCAAGACAACCACUCGAGGUCCAUCCGGGCCAGCUGGCAGCCGGUCAGCGGGGUCGGCGGCCCCAGCGGGCUCCCCUGUCUACCUGGACCUGGCCUACCUGCCCAGCGGAGGCAGUGCCCGCCUGGUGGACGAGGAGUUCUUCCGGCGGGUGCGUGCGCUCUGCUACGUCAUCAGCGGCCAGGACCAGCAGAAGGAGGAGGGCAUGCGGGCCGUCCUGGACGCGCUCCUGGCUGGCAAGCAGCAGUGGGGCCGGCAGCUCCAGGUGACCCUGAUCCCCACCUUCGAUUCGGUGGCGAUGCACGAGUGGUACGAGGAGACUCACACCCGGCACCAGGCCCUGGGCAUCACGGUGCUGGGCAGCAACAGCACCGUGUCUAUGCAGGACGAGGCCUUCCCCGCCUGCAAGGUGGAGUUCUAG